CUCGAGCCCGCGGAUCGCCCUUUGAGCCAGCGUUGCAGUCUCAACCGACCGUUGCUCGUCCUGGCCUUCUUAGAAUCACCAUACACACCACGCGCACACGUACCGUCGUGCUCUCGCCCUCGCUCUCGCUCUCCCUCGCACACGCACACGCAUACACAUGAACAUCCACAUCGACACUGGCGCUUGUUCAGUCCACGCUGCAGAGUUUUGGCCUGUGCGUCAGUGGCGCACACCGGGCGCUUCCACGAGCUCGUUCGAUCAACACUCGAUUGAAGUCCCCCGCGUUGUUUGAACACAGGAGAAAAAUACGUCAAAGCCGGCGUCUUGCCCGCCAACGCAUCUGUACGAUUCAAAACCAGGCGCAGUAGUGGGUAGCGUUGGCCUGUCGCACGACUGUUCAGCCUCUUCCUCGCUUCGUCCGUUCUUAGCUCGCUGCUUCACCUUCGCACGUGCUGUUCCGUCCGAAGAGAUUCCUCAGCGUUAUUUUCGUGAGGUCAUUGAUCCCCCGACUCGUCUCCUAGCGCCUCCCCCUGGGCUCCGUAGGCGCUCGCUAGAGAGCCCAGCUCCUGUGGUACAGAGCGACCGCGACCGCAACCGCGACCGCACAGACAAAACCCAGCAUGGACGCAAACGGCGACUAUCACAAACGAUCAAAGUCAAAGACAAACCUGGCGAAAUCUCUGCUGCAUCGUGUGCAUUCGAGGAACGACGACGCCAGCUGCAUCGACGAAGACGACCCCUCCGCUUCGCCAAGCAAAACCUCACCCUCCGUCACGGCCUCGACGUCAACCGCCUCCUUGGCAAACCACGGCCAGCCUUCCGCGCUCUCGGCCUCCUCGAGAUCCCAGCACGGCAGCCACCGCUCUCGACAUAGACCCAAUCUGUCCACCUCAAUGGCUUCUACAGACGGCGGUGGAGCCGCUGGCCCUUCUUCCUCGACGAGCUCCAACGGCAACACAUUCCCUACGCCGGCUGGCCAUGUCGUACCGUCGCUCGAGCAAUCCGUGAGGCUGUUCCGCACAUUCGAGGCCUUGCGCAGUGGAGAUACUGCCGCCAUCCAGAAGGCAAUGCGUGACAAAGAUGCCGCCGAUGGUCCCCCCGUGCUGCAUCUCGCGAUACAAUGCGCAGAGCUGCCUGUCAUUGAGUUCGUGCUGUCGAACCUAAGCUCCUCGUCGGACGGCGUCAAUGGCAUCAACUCCAAGGAUCAGGACGGCAACACCCCCCUGCACGUGGCUGCGAAAUUGGGCCGCUCCAGCAUCGUCAAGCUGUUGCUCGAGCAGGACGGCAUCAAUGACGCGAUCCAGAACUACAGCGGCCAGUUCCCCAUCGACGUCGCCUUCUCACCUGACAUCUUCCAGCAACUGCAGCUCUUCCGCUCGCUCUACGUGGACGCUACGAUCCGUCAGAUUCACGCGCUCUGCGCAAGGAACGACUACCUGGCUCUAGAGACGCUAUUGAAGGACCAGAGGGUGCGCACGACCAUUGAUGUCAACAGUGGGGAGCUGGCAACGGAGCCGGCGACCGUCGAGAGUGGAGGCACACUACUACAUGAGGCAGCUCGAAAGAAGGAUACUAAACUUAUUCAGAUUUUGCUGCUCAAUGGUGCAGAUCCAUUCAGGCGCGAUCGCAAGGGCAAGUUACCACAGGACGUUACCAAGGAUGACCGGACACGAGCUAUUCUGAAGAGGUCACCUGCAGCUGCGGAAGCUAGACAGGGCAUUCAAGAACAGACCAUCGUGGGCAACCGCGGGGCCGCUGCACCAGGAGUAUCUCCCAGCGAGGCAGCGGCAGGGAACAAGGAGGCUCGCGAGAUGAAAGGUUACCUUAAGAAGUGGACAAACUACACGAGCGGGUGGAAACUUAGGUGGUUUGUGCUAGAAGAAGGCGUACUAAGCUAUUACAAACACCAAGAUGACACUGGAGCGGCGUGUCGUGGCGCGAUAAAUAUGCGCAUUGCUUCGUUGAAUCUCGACCCAGACGACAAGCUCAAGCUCGAAAUUCGCGGCAAAGGUUCGGUCAAGUACCAUCUCAAGGCGAAUCAUGAAGUGGAGGCGAAGAGGUGGUAUUGGGCCCUCAAUAACGCAAUACAAUGGACCAAGGAUGAGGAUAAAGAGGAGCAAAGACGUCAGAAACAAGAGACAGAUGAACUGCGCCGCGCAAAGUUGGAACAGCUUGACAGGAUGAGAACCGCAGACAGCGAGGUGGGCAGCAUGCACACAAAGUCCAAGGGAGGACACAGCCUAAGCCCGAGCACGGCGAUGGGCGUAACUUUGACAAGUGGACAAAGCGCUGGGGCGAGCAGCAUCAACAUCGACGAGGACGGUGCUGUUCCGAGUUCUUUAGACCCCAGCGUCGCCGGUGCAGAGCUAUCCAGAAUGGUAUCCACGGCGCAGACAGCCACUAUUGAAGGUGACAUUGACGAUGAUGAGGAAUAUGGCGACGACGCGAGCUCACACGAGGCUCAACCACAGAACAAGGACGCUCUGCAGAUCACGGCUCAAUCGGUUCGCUGGCAGCUGGAGUUCCUCGCUCAAGUGUCGAGUGCUAUCCAGUCCGAGUGCCAGGCAUACGAUCUUAUCGGCACAAAUCCAAAGCUCAUGCAGGCCAUCUCUACCUACGGGAGCGCAGUUGCGAAUCUUAAGGAUCUCGUAGGCAAGCUCUUGCAGAUCAGCAGGGACCGCGAUGCAUAUUGGCAGUACAGGCUAGAUCGGGAGAUUAAUGUGCGGCGUAUGUGGGAGGAGAGCAUGGCGAGGAUAGCAAAGGAGCAAGAAGAGUUGGAGCAGAAGAUUGGGGAGAGUGAAGAUAAGCGUAGAAAGACCAAGCGAGCCCUCAAGGACGCGCUGGACAACCUCGCCGCAGCGGGCUCCCAGCCCCAGACUCCGGGCUUACAAGAAGUUAUGCAGGAGAAGCUAAGCCUGGAGGAAGCCCACGAAAUGGCUGCGGCGCACAGCCCUCGCAAGAAAUCCACUUUCGCAGAGCUUGUGAGUGUGGUGUCUGAGGAUGAGAGCGAUGAGGAAGAGGAAUUCUUUGAUGCCAUCGGCACUGGCGAAGUCGAGGUUAUAGAACAGAUACCGACAAGCCCUCCCAUUGAGUCGGAAGGAUCAAAUGCUCUUACAGAAGAUUUGAGAAUGAAAAAGGCGAAAGAAAUCGAACCAAGUUUUCAUGGCUACGAGGAUCCGGUCAGGAAGAGGUUGAAGAUGGAUGCUGAUGAUCGACCAAAGAUCUCACUAUGGGGCAUCUUGAAAUCGAUGAUCGGCAAGGACAUGACAAAAAUGACACUACCCGUGUCUUUCAACGAGCCUACUUCGCUUUUGCAGCGUGUGGCUGAGGAUAUGGAGUAUACCGACCUCUUAGAUACGGCAGCUGAGAGGCCUGAUUCCCUCGAACGGUUGGUGUACAUUGCGGCUUUCGCUGCUUCGGAAUAUGCAUCUACCAUAGGCCGCGUCGCAAAGCCUUUCAAUCCUCUUUUGGGCGAGACUUAUGAGUACGCGCGACCUGACAAAGGCUUCCGCUUCUUCAUCGAGCAAGUAUCGCAUCACCCGCCCAUCGGCGCCGCGUGGGCAGAAAGUCCAAAGUGGGACUACUAUGGCGAGUCUGCGGUCAAGUCAAAGUUCUACGGCAAAUCCUUCGACAUUAAUCCCCUUGGCACAUGGUUCUUGCGUCUGCGCCCAUCAAGUGGUGGUGAAGAGCUCUACACAUGGAAGAAGGUCACAUCAUCUGUCAUUGGAAUCAUCACAGGCAAUCCCACUGUAGAUAAUUACGGUCCCAUGGAGAUCCGCAACUGGACGACCGGAGAAGUAUGCACGCUGGAGUUCAAACCGCGUGGCUGGAGCAAAGGGAGUGCCUAUCAAGUCGUCGGUAAAGUGUGCGGUCGUGACGGUCGCACCGUAUGGUCCAUUGGCGGCAAGUGGAACGACAAGAUCUAUGCGCGCCUUACACCUGGCUACGAGGACACGGAUCUUCGACCCGCCCCCAGCCAUGGACACGGUGGCAAAUGCAUGUCAGUUUCCUCUUCGCAGGCGUUUCUCGUGUGGGAGGCCAAUCCUCGUCCGACAGGCAUUCCGUUCAACCUCACUCCUUUUGUGCUCACCUUGAACGCCAUUCCGGACAACUUGCGUCCAUGGCUAGCACCGACUGAUACGAGGCUCCGGCCUGAUCAGCGCGCCAUGGAAGAGGGUGAAUACGAUUUUGCGGCUACCGAAAAGAAUCGGCUCGAGGAGGCACAAAGGGCAAGGAGGAAAAUCAGAGAGCAGAAAGGGGAGGAAUUUGUGCCAAGGUGGUUCAAGAAGGCGAGGUGUGAGACGACCGGGGAAGUAUAUUGGAAAUUUAACGGGGAAUACUGGACGGAAAGGGAGAAGGUUGGAAAUGGCGAGGGCAAGUGGGAGGGGCUUGAGCCAAUUUAUGAUCAUGAUGGUUAAGUGUGGAUUAGAGGGUUGGCCGCCAUGUGACAAGUUCGCAUGUCAUGUCGAACAGUUGUGUGUAUACGCGGCAUCGAUCCAUGCUAGCGAUAAAAAGAAAUACAGCGCACCUACUACUCUCAAAUACCGAAAUCAGCAAUACCUUACGUUACAUCAAUAAGAUUUCUUCCGCUUCUG